ACAAAAGCAACUUGAAGUUUCUGUCAAUAGCGAGAGAGAGAGAGAGAGAGAGAGCAGAGACAGAGCCCUUCCAUUUACAAAAAUUACAUCAAAGCAACCGAAACAACAAAAUUACAUCAUUUAUUUCUUUUUUAAUUUAUUCACAUAUACGCAUGUAUGUAUACUCUCCGGAUCUGAGUCGCUCACCGGAAGCCGUCGCCGCUCGAAAACCCUAACUCCCCUGACGUUAGGGUUUUACCUUCUCCAUCCGCAGAUCUCUCUUUCUUUCUUCUCCGGCACGCGCCGUUCUCUCUCUGACGGUCUUAUCGUCGGAGUUCCGAUCGUUCGAGUCGCCUCGGCUCCACCGCCGUUUUCACGAAAGCGGCUGCGGCCGAGCGCUCCGUACUUCAUCAGGAAGGACUUUGAUUAUGCUAUAAAUAGUUGGUUAACCAUGGCCUCCAAAGGUCCAAGGUCUAAGCUUGAUCAUGAAACAAGGGCCAGGAAACAAAAGGCACUUGAAGCUCCUAAAGAGCCUCGACGCCCUAAAACUCAUUGGGAUCAUGUUUUAGACGAGAUGGUUUGGUUGUCAAAGGACUUUGAGUCGGAGAGAAAAUGGAAAUUGGCUCAGGCAAAGAAAGUAGCUAUAAGAGCCAGCAAAGGGAUGUUGGAUCAAGCCACAAGGGGAGAAAAGAAAGUGAAGGAAGAGGAACAAAGAUUGAGAAAAGUUGCUCUCAAUAUUUCGAAGGAUGUGAAGAAAUUCUGGACGAAAAUUGAAAAGCUGGUUCUAUACAAACAUCAACUUGACCUAGACGAGAAAAAGAAAAAAACAUUGGAUAAACAGCUUGAAUUUCUUCUGGGCCAAACAGAAAGGUACUCAACCAUGUUAGCAGAAAACCUUGUAAACUCACCAAUUUCUCACAAGCUGGUACAUUCAAAAACCGUUGCUCAUGAACAACUGAGUAUUCAAUACAAAGAAAGAGAUGGAGGAUCCAAUGUUGAUUCUCAAUCAGAUGUGGCAGACAUCGAUCAAGAUUUUGAUGUACAGUCCGAAGAUGAAUUGGAAGAUGACGAACAUACCCUGGAGGAAGAUGAGGCUCUUAUAACUGAAGAAGAGAGGAAAGCAGAAUUAUUAGCUCUGCGUAAUGAAGUAGAUCUACCUCUUGAAGAGCUUCUCAAACGUUACACAAUGGAGGAAGAUGCCAGAGAAAAUAGCCCAGAAUUGAUUGCAGAAGCUGCUAAGCCCACUGAGGCAGGUGAAGGUGACAGUGAGGCAGGUAAAGGUGAUGGUACUUCGGUCCUGGAUAUUAAUAAGAGUGACAGUCUUGCACUUCCUGGUCGUCGUUCUGGUAAAAUUAAUGGUAGCAUAUCAUCAGAAAAUCAUUUUUCCGAAAGUGAGGAACACCAAAUUGGAAGUUCUCAAGAGUUGGACAGAAGGCAAGUGCCGUACGACUUCCAUGAUGAACAGGAUGAUGGUGAUUUUGUUCUUGCAACUGGAGAAGAAAAGCUAUGUGCUUUGGAUGACGAGACUACUUUGUCAGAGGAAGAAGAACUAGCAAAGGCUGAAUCAAAUGAGGCCAUAGAUGAGGUUGCAUUACUGCAGAAAGAGAGUGAGAUCCCUCUGGAAGAGUUGCUUGCAAGGUAUAAAAAGGAACAUGAUAUUGAUGAAUGUGAACUGGAUGACUCUGAGUCCUUGCAUGGUUCAGAUUCUGUGGAUCUGUCAGAUGCUCCAGCAGAGGAAGAUCUUGAACCAAAGCAGCAACAUGCUCUUAUUGAGGAACAUGACAAACCUAGUGACUUUUCACGAGAGGGGUUAGAACCAAAGAUAAUAGUGGAAGAAGGAAGAGAGAGUGAGAAUAAAAUUGCCGAUGCAGCUGCUGCUGCAAGAUCUGCGCAGCCAACUGGCAACACAUUCUCAACAACCAAAGUGCGUACAAAGUUUCCUUUUCUUCUCAAGUACCCUCUUCGUGAAUAUCAGCAUAUUGGUUUGGACUGGCUUGUUACCAUGUAUGAGAAGAGGCUUAAUGGGAUUCUGGCUGAUGAAAUGGGGCUUGGAAAGACUAUUAUGACAAUUGCUCUUCUAGCUCAUCUUGCAUGUGAAAAGGGUAUUUGGGGCCCACACCUCAUUGUUGUCCCAACCAGUGUCAUGCUCAACUGGGAAACUGAGUUUCUCAAAUGGUGUCCUGCUUUUAAAAUAUUAACAUAUUUUGGAAGUGCCAAAGAGCGAAAAGUUAAGAGGCAGGGAUGGAUGAAACCUAAUUCUUUCCAUGUAUGCAUAACAACUUACAGACUUGUUAUACAGGAUUCUAAAGUUUUUAAGCGGAAAAAGUGGAAAUACUUGAUUUUGGAUGAAGCUCAUCUGAUAAAAAACUGGAAGUCCCAGAGAUGGCAAACUCUUCUUAAUUUCAAUUCAAAAAGGCGUAUUCUUUUAACUGGUACUCCACUGCAGAAUGAUCUUAUGGAACUCUGGUCUCUGAUGCAUUUCUUGAUGCCACACAUUUUUCAGUCUCACCAAGAAUUUAAAGAUUGGUUCUGUAAUCCGAUAUCUGGAAUGGUAGAGGGUCAAGAAAAAGUAAACAAGGAAGUUGUUGACCGCUUGCAUAAUGUCCUCCGCCCAUUUAUCCUCCGGCGACUGAAAAGAGAUGUGGAGAAGCAACUACCUAUGAAGCAUGAGCAUGUAAUUUACUGCAGGCUCUCAAAGAGACAGCGUAACCUAUAUGAAGAUUUUAUUGCUAGCUCAGAGACACAGGCUACUUUGGCAAGUGCCAAUUUUUUUGGAAUGAUCAGCAUCAUAAUGCAACUUCGCAAAGUGUGUAAUCACCCUGAUUUAUUUGAAGGACGACCAAUUGUUAGUUCUUUUGAUAUGAAUGGCAUUGAUAUCCCAUUGAGUUCCUUAGUUUGCUCAAUGCUUACAUCAAGCCAGUUCUCUUCUGUUGAUCUCAGUGGUUUUGGAUUUUUAUUUACCCAUUUAGAUUUUAGGAUGACUUCUUGGGAGAGUGAGGAAGUCCAAGUUAUUGCUACUCCAUCAAGCUUAAUUGAGGGGCGUGCUGACCUUGUUAAUGUAGAUGAAAAUGGCCCUGGGUUCAUGCAUCAGAAGAAGUUGCUUGGAACAAACAUCUUUGAAGAGGUCAGGAAAGCACUUUUGGAGGAAAGGUCACAACAAGUAAAGGAAAGGGCAGCAUCUAUUGCAUGGUGGAACUCCUUAAGGUGCAGAAAAAAACCAAUGUACUCAACAACUCUGCAGGCUCUUGUAACUAUAAGACAUCCUGUUUAUGAAAUUCAAGGAAACCCUUCAUCCAACUUGAACUCUUCAAUCCUUGCUGAUAUUGUACUGUCACCAGUUGAACGCUUCAAGAAAAUGAUUGAUCAGGUUGAAUCCUUCAUGUUUGCAAUUCCAGCUGCACGGGCACCAGCUCCUGUUUGCUGGUGCAGUAAAAAUGGAACUCCUGUGUUUCUGCAACCCACCUUUAAGGAGAAGUGCACUAAAAUUUUGUCACCCCUUCUAAUGCCUCUGCGCCCUGCAAUUGUCCGAAGGCAACUAUAUUUUCCGGACAGGCGACUCAUACAAUUUGACUGUGGUAAGUUGCAAGAGCUUGCUUUUCUGCUUAGGCGAUUGAAGUCAGAAGGUCAUCGGGCACUAAUAUUCACCCAAAUGACGAAGAUGCUUGAUAUCUUGGAGGCCUUCAUAAAUUUAUAUGGUUAUACUUACAUGCGUUUAGAUGGAUCCACUCAACCAGAAGAGAGGCAAACAUUGAUGCAGCGGUUUAAUACAAACCCAAAGAUUUUCCUUUUUAUAUUGUCUACACGCAGUGGGGGUGUUGGUAUCAACCUUGUUGGGGCUGAUACUGUUAUCUUUUAUGACAGUGAUUGGAAUCCUGCCAUGGAUCAACAAGCACAAGAUCGAUGCCACAGAAUAGGACAGACACGUGAAGUGCACAUAUAUCGGUUAAUCAGUCAGAGCACUAUCGAAGAGAAUAUUUUGAAAAAGGCAAAUCAAAAGCGUGCCCUUGAUGAUUUGGUUAUACAAAGUGGUGGCUACAACACUGAAUUCUUCAAGAAACUGGAUCCCAUGGAAUUGUUUUCAGGCCAUCAAACUGUUCCUGUGAGGAACAUUCAGAAAGAGAAAAAUUGCGCAAAUGGAGCUGAUGUUUCUGUAUCUAAUGAUGAUGUGGAGGCAGCUCUGAAGCAUGCAGAAGAUGAAGCAGACUACAUGGCUUUGAAGAAAGUUGAACAGGAAGAGGAGGUGGAUAAUCAGGAGUUUACAGAGGAAGCUAUUGGGAGGUUGGAAGAUGAUGAGUUUAUAAAUGAGGAUGAUACAAAGGUUGAUGAGUCUACUGAUCCUCAUACCUUGAUUUUGACCUCAAACCAAGAAAAUGUGGCAAUGUUAAAUGAAAGUGAUGUCAAUGAAGAAAGAGCUCUGACUUUUGUGGCCAAAGAAGAUGAUGUUGACAUGCUAGCUGAUGUCAAACAGAUGGCUGAAGCAGCUGCAGCAUCUGGGCAAGCAAUCUUGUCCUUUGAGAACCAGUUGCGUCCAAUUGACCGUUAUGCCAUACGUUUUCUGGAAGUGUGGGACCCUAUAAUAGAUAAGACAGAAAUGGAAUCAGAAGUUAGGUUUGAGGAAACUGAGUGGGAGCUGGACCGCAUAGAGAAGUUAAAGGAGGAUAUGGAAGCAGAGAUUGAUGAUGAUGAAGAACCAUUUGUCUAUGAAAGAUGGGAUGCUGAUUUUGCAACUGAGGUAUAUAGACAGCAAGUUGAGGCUUUGGCCCAACAUCAGCUGUUGGAAGAACUGGAAUGCGAAGCCAAAGAGAAAGAACAAGCAGAAUAUGGAAAUUCUGAUUCUAUAAAGAAUGAUGGCUAUGCUGUUUCUAAAACCAAGUCGAAGAAGAAACUGAAGAAAGCCAAGUUCAAAUCUCUAAAGAAAGGAGCUUUAGCUUCAGAAUCAAAAGAUGGGAAGGAAUUACAUUCAAAUGAAACUAUGGCCAUGCAUGAUGGGAAUGGCUCUCUUGAAGUGACUACCUCUUCAAAAACAGUAUUACCGCAUUCAACUGUGGAGAAGAAACGUAAAUCAGCACCAGACUGUGAUGAACAGAAGAGCAUUAAAAAGUCCAAGAAAUUCAAAAGGGCUACUGAAAUAAGUACUGUUGAUCCAGAUUCAGACAUGUUUAGUAAGCAGCUUGAUGAACAAAAGGAUUCAAAAUUAUGUGAGAGUAUUGUUGAUCUUGACCAGAAGCCAAUAAGCAAGAGCAAGAUGAACGGAAAAAUCUACAUCACUUCUAUGCCUGUAAAGCGGGUGAUGACAAUAAAACAACCAGAGAAGUUCAAAAAGAAGGGCAAUAUCUGGUCAAGAGAUACUUUUCCCUCACCAGAUUUUUGGUUGCCUCAGGAGGAUGCAAUUUUGUGUGCUCUUGUACAUGAAUAUGGCCCCAAUUGGAGUUUGGUGAGUGAAACUUUGUAUGGGAUGCCAGCUGGGGGCUUUUAUAGGGGAAGGUAUCGCCAUCCUGUCCACUGUUGUGAGAGGUUUAGGGAACUCAUCCAAAAAUAUGUCUUGUUUGCAGCAGACAAUCCUAACAACGAGAAAGGUGGUAAUGCUGGCUCUGGAAAGGGUCCUCUCAGAGUGACAGAGGAUAAUAUUCGGGUUCUGUUGGAUGUUGCCACUGAACUGCCGGAUAAUGAGUUGCUCCUUCAGAAGCACUUCUUUGCGCUGCUUACUUCAGUCUGGAGGAUGACAUCCCGCAUUGACCGCCAUCAAGGUCUCUCGUCGUCUCGAAAUGGCUUCUAUCCUGUUGGAAGACAUUUCACUUCCAGGGUCAGCCAGAUUGGUUCCAUGAGGGAGCCAUCAGAAAAGAUGGCAUUCACUAAUUUACUUCAAAGUAGCAAGUUGGUAGCAGCUGCACUCUCUGAUGCUGACAGUGCUCAAUGUGAUGAUAGAGCCUUAAUAUUGAAUCCCAGGGAAGAAGCUUCAGUUGUUGCGGACCAGUUGGAGAUAACCCUUGAGCCUCAGACAGGAGGGAGUGACCCUAUGAUACCUUUACCAUUGGUCAUAAAUCUCUCGAUAUGGGAAACAGAUCCACCUCCAUAUCCCUGCAUGCCAGCAGGAGCAGAGCAACAUCUUAGGUCCUCACAAAGUAUGGCUGAGAAUCGUUUUAGGAAUGCAUCAAUUGCUUGUAGUGAAGGUUCAUUGGGUUGGGCUUCAUCAGCCUUCCCAACAGGCGAUGGCAGGUACCGGAUGGCAUCAAAAUCACAGACGUUGGGGAAACACAAGCUAUCCAUGUGCGAGUCAGUGAAGCCUUCCAAAUCCAAAACAAGGAAAACUACAAUAGAGUCAAAUGAAAUGCAUGGCCUGGUUGCUGAUCCAGCAGUCCAACGAAAACUAACUGCUCCUGGCACUUCCAGUAUGAGGUUUGAUCCUCUGCCUGUCAUUAAUGAUUAUGGAAUUGAUGCUUUUGACAGCAGUUCCCCCUGCGACAUCAAUGAGAUCUCCGUCCCUUCAGAGACACAUACUUCAGACCUGGUCCCGCAUAACUAUAUUCCAGGGUUCUUCUCAGGGCUUGAUGACUGUUCAUCUUUGCCUGAUUUUAUGGACAUAGGGUAGGGGCGAAUUUGGGAAACCUGAACCCGGUACUUAGGGUUUAAAGUUUGUGAUACAUUUUUGAAGAGCAAGAAUGCUCUUGGCAAAUGAUAUACACAGUCAGUGAUGGAAAAUAUUGCUCUCAUAGCUCGGGCUAUCAAUUACUGAAGAGGUUGCGCGGGGGAAAUCAGGAGCUGAACUGAGAUGUGGCUUUUUUGGGGGGCAAUCAAGAGGCCAGGGUUCACCGUUGCCUCAAACCGUUGUCCCAUGGUGAUGCUUGGUCUGGUCUUCUGUAUUGGUGGGGGGGGGUGGGGGGAGGCCGGCCUGCCUUGAGGGAGGGGAGGGGCCAGGAGGAGGAGGAGGAGGAUAGGACAGGAACUUAGGACAACAGGAGGAGUGUAUAGAGGUGGCAGUAGAUAAACAGUAGAUAAAUGAAGUUAGCUUUUCUUUAGCUUUUUGGUAAUUUAAUUAUUAGGAGGAGGUGGGAAAUGCUUUGUUAUAUGAUUUUUUUGGCAGGUUGAGAGAACUGUUAAUUCUUGUUGGCAGGCACAUUUCCCUCCUACCAAUAGAAGAAGAAGAGGAGGAGGAGGAUUUGGUAAAUGAAAAUGCAAAUUGUAGCGGCCUCUCUCUCUCUUUCCAAUCUGUUUUGUUCAUCGCCAGCCAAAUGCGUUCACUAUUGAUUUAUUUAUUUAUAGCUCGCUCUCCC